AUGGGUCGCCUUGACUCUAUCUGUGAUGCAAAAUUGCAUGGCAGGAACGAUCAUUCACGCCAUUUCUGCUUAUCUGCAUUGACCUGGUGUGUUAUUAGCUGUACGUGCAUUUUUAUGGUUUUUGCCAGCGUAUACUUCUCACGGUAUUCGCUUUUCGAGCUGGGUCUUUUGCCUCUUAUACAAAGAGUGAAUCCGGCACCAUUCCAUGUUUACUUCAAAGAGUUUGGAUCUUUCGAGAAACCAAAAAAUAUCAGGAUCGUUGCACUAGUGCCCUUUCGUAGCCAUGAGCGAACGGAGAUCCUGGAUUGCUACCUGCAAAGGAACCUCCUCGAUAACCAUGGAUUCCUCGACCAAGUAAUAUUUAUCCCGCAGACGAAUAACACGCAAAGUCUAGAUUGGCUCACGUCUACUGUCAAACGCACUCCUCUCUACCAAAUCUCGGGGUUCGGUGAUUAUAUCCAGUGGGGCGGCAUGGAUGAGAAUGUGAUUUUCAUCAAAAUAGAUGGCGAUACCAUAUUUUUGGAGGACCAUACGAUCUCUACGAUUGUCAAAACCAAGCUUGAUCACCCUGAUUCCUUAAUAGUCUCAGCAAAUGUUAUUAAUCAAGCUGCUCUUCAAGCCCUCCAUAGCCAUCCUGGUGUUGCCCUUCCCUAUCUUCCCGAGCUUUCUUCCUCCGACCAGCCUCAGAUUCCUGUUACCCAGGAUUGGCGGGCCACAGAUCUUCCAGCCUGGGAAGGCCCUGCCGACUUCAAAGUAUCAAAAGGAUAUCCUCCUCCCUCCGAGAGCCAUCGCUGGCUUCCGUCAGCGGAUGAGAAUGGGGACCGAACACCCAUUGGCAUGUCCAUGUAUGGUGACAACGGGCCUGAACUGGAUGACUGGACGAUCCAUGCACAGCAACACUAUUCAUUUCUGCAGCAUCUCGAAGACGGCGAUCUAUAUCGAUAUAAGUUUCCCAUGUGGGUUGAUCCCACCGAUAGUCUUAGCCCCAACUUCCUUUGUUUACGGGCAGGCGACCCAAGCAUUGUGAAGUCUAUCAUUCAACAGGAUACAGAUAAGCUAUCCUUGGAGGUGGCACAGGAAGUGCUGGGCAGCGAUCGAGGCACUAUAAUCGAUGGGAAAGGGCUAGCUGCGCAUUACUCUAUUGAGGCAAGUUCUUGGGGGUUGGAUUCUACUGAUAUCCUCCAUCGGUAUCGAGCAGAAUUGAUUAUGUCUGAGGAUAAUUCGGCGUUUCAUAGAUAUAUAAUACUUCUCUCUAACUGCUUAUUGAGAAAAAAAUAA